UUUCGGGAUCCCGGAAGCGGAUCUGAGUUGCUGCUGUGGCUCCUGUCCAUGGUGGUGAUGAUAACGAUGGCGACCGGUGCAGAAGAGCUUGAGGCCCGGGAGAGGCUCGCCCUUUGGGACCGGAGGAGCGAGCCCUUGGCGCCGUUGACAGACCGGCAGACAGACUCGGUGCUGGAGUUAAAGGCAGCUGCGGAGGAGCUGCCUAUCCCAGCUGAGCUUCCAAUUGAAGAUUUAUGCAGUCUGACCUCCACGUCAUUGAUUGUAGGACUGUCUGCAGCUGUUCCAGAAUCUACAGAGGGCAUCCUGCAGCAAGGAUUUUCUGCACUAGAAAUGGAGGAUGACAGGAUUGAAACUGCGCAGCAGUUCUUCUCCUGGUUUGCACAGUUGCAGACACACAUGGAUCAGGAUGAAGGUGCAAAGUACAGAGAGAUGAGAGAUUACCUUUCUGGGUUCCAGGACCAAUGUGAUUCUAUACUGAAUGAUGUAAAUCUUGCUCUGCAGCAUUUGGAGUCUCUUCAGAAACAGUACUUGUUUGUGUCCACAAAAACAGGGACGUUACAUGAAGCCUGUGAACAACUCCUUAAAGAACAGUCUGAGCUUGUGAACCUUGCUGAAAGCAUCCAACAGAAACUUUCCUAUUUUAAUGAGUUAGAAAAUAUAAGUACAAAAUUAAAUUCCCCGACAUUAUCUGUGAAUAGUGAAGGAUUUAUACCCAUGCUAUCAAAGCUGGAUGACUGCAUAUCUUAUAUUUCCGCACAUCCUAAUUAUAAAGAUUAUCCUGUUUACUUAGCAAAGUUUAAGCAAUGUCUGUCUAAAGCUAUGCAUCUUAUGAAGACCUAUACUGUGAAUACACUCCAGAACCUCACAAAUCUGCUGAUCAAACGGCAAGAUUUAUCACACACCCCAAAUUCUGACAAUGCUUUCACUUUAUUUUAUGUGAAAUUUAGAGCAGCAGCUCCAAAGGUCAGGACGCUGAUUGAACAGAUGGAGCAGCGAUCUGAGAAAAUACCAGAGUACCAACUGCUCCUUGCUGAAAUACAUCAGUGCUACCUCGACCAGCGAGAUAACCUGCUUAGUCCAAGUAUCACCAGCACAAUCACACAUCUCACCAGCCAGAACAAUAGGGAUCACUGUGCUUUGGUACGGAGUGGCUGUGCAUUCAUGGUGCAUGUAUGUCAAGAUGAAUAUCAACUUUUCAAUGAGUUUUUCACCAAACCAACACCAAAAUUGGAUGAACUUUUGGAGAAACUGUGCCUGUCUCUGUAUGAUGUUUUACGACCGUUGAUCAUUCACGUAGCUCAUUUAGAAACUUUGUCAGAACUUUGUGGUAUACUAAAGAUUGAAAUGCUUGAAGAUCAUGUGCAAAACAAUGUUUGUCAACUGGGUGCCUUUGAUGCUGUGGUGAAACAGAUGUUGGAGGACGUACAGGAAAGACUUGUUUAUAGGACACACAUAUACAUCCAGACAGAUAUCCUGGGUUACAAGCCAGCUCCAGGAGACCUUGCCUAUCCUGACAAGCUGGAGAUGAUGGAGCAAAUUGCAGAGAGUCUCAAAGAGGAACAAAAAAGGUUGCAGUCUACAGAGGCUUCCUUUUCUGAUGUUCGUUUAGAAGAUCCAGACUCCAACAACCUCAUUAAAAGUGGCACUUCAGAGUCAUCAGGCUCGCGAGCACAGAGUACAAUCUCACCUGCUGACCUGCAUGGUAUGUGGUAUCCUACCGUAAGGAGGACGUUGGUGUGUCUGUCCAAGUUAUAUCGAUGUAUUGAUAGGGCAGUCUUCCAAGGUCUCUCUCAGGAGGCGCUCUCAGCUUGCAUUCAGUCUUUGUUGGGUGCUUCCGAUGCCAUUACAAAAAACAAGACACAGGUUGAUGGGCAGCUGUUCCUGAUUAAACAUCUUCUCAUCAUGCGCGAGCAGAUUGCACCUUUUCACACUGAAUUCACCAUAAAGGAAAUUUCCCUGGACCUCAAGAAAACAAGAGAUGCUGCAUUUAAAAUUUUUCACCCAAGGACUGUCCCAGGAUUCUUCAGGCUCAACAGCAACAAUGCCAUCCUCGAGUUCCUCCUCCAGGGAUCACCAGAAAUAAAGGAACAUUACCUUGACUCGAAGAAAGAUGUUGAUAGACACCUCAAGGCAGCUUGUGAGCAGUUUAUUCAGCAGCAGAGUAAGAUCUUUGUUGAACCAUUUGAGGAUUUCAUGGCAAAGGUAACUGCAUUGAAAACGAUGGCUAACCAGGGUGGUCCAAAGUAUAGCCUUUCACAGCAACCAUGGGCUCAAUCAGCAAAGAUUAAUGACUUGGUGUCUUCAACCUACAAAACUAUCAAAACUAAACUGCCGGUGACACUGAGGAGCAUGUCAUUGUACCUAGCAAACAAAGACACGGAGUUCAUUCUUUUCAAGCCUGUUCGGAGCAACAUUCAGCAAGUCUUCCAGAAGAUCCACAUGUUGUUAAAAGAAGAAUUCAGUAGUGAGGAUUUACAGAUCAUUGCUUGUCCUUCCAUGGAGCAGGUAAAUCUGUUGCUGUCAAUGUCAAAAUAAGCAGAAGAUUGCUAUAUUUCCCCCUGCAUCUGGAAGUUCCAGGGAGGAAUGAAGCGGGAAUACAGAACUGAUGCUCUGCAGCAUACCACAGGCCAAUGCGGAGAGAGAUGAGCCUGCA